AUGCAUCUUCUAAAUCUCAUUAAAUCUAUUUUCUUCAUUAUCCUUUACAAUAAUGUUGAUCCUUCUUUUUCAUUACAACAUUAUCGUGGCUCACAAUAUGAAGCCUGCAUUUUUAACACCAGCACUACUUGUGGGAAAUCCAGUUUUAAAAUCUCUUAUCCUUUUUGGGGUAAUGGACGUCCUGAAUACUGUGGACAUCCAGGUUUUAAUCUUUCUUGUCACAGAAGUAAUCUCAAAAUCAAAAUCAUGUCUCGGAUGUACAAUGUACUCAGUAUCAAUUACAACACCAGCACAUUAAGGAUAGUAAGCGAAGGAUUUUCCCAAGGUGAAUGCCCUCAACCAGGGCACUUAUUGUAUAACACAACGUUGGAUUUGGACCUCUUCAACUACACUUCUAAUGUUAGAAAUGCUUCUUUGUACUAUGAUUGUCCUGAGUUAAAACAUCUUGGUGGUGCGCCUUUUAGCUUUGAUUGUAAAGGAAGUUACCUUAAUCGCCUUUCUUUCCUUGUGAUUACGGAUAGCUGGGAGCAUGAGCUUGGAGAUAUUUGUGGCAUCAAGCUAUACGUUCCUGUCUUUAGAAACGCGUAUGAAGACUUGGUUUUUCAUCCUUCAUCAAGAAUUGGGGAUGUUUUAAAGAGAGGGUUUGAGGUCAAAUGGGUGAUUGAUCAAGGUCAAUGCCAGGAUUGUUACAUCUCAGGUGGAUGUUGUGGAUACAAUAUGAGUUUGGGUCAAUCAAUUUGCUUUUGCCAAAGUGGAUCAUAUCCCACAGUCUGUCCUCAGCUAAUUGCUCAAACACCAAGUAAAGGCAUGAACCUGGAAGCUAAGGUUGGAAUAGGAGUUGGAGCAGCAGCUGGCUUACUCUUCAUCAUGAUCACAGUGUUUGUCUUUGUACGAAGUAAAAAAGAUUAUCAUUCUUCAUCACCCUUGCCCUCACAGAAGAUCCCUCCGUCAUUACCAACAAUCCUUGAAGAGAAAAGUUCGUAUUUUGGAGCUCAAUUGUUCUCUUAUAUGGAGCUUCAACAAGCCACAAACGGCUUUGACCCUUGUAAAGAACUUGGUAAAGGAGGCUUUGGGACUGUGUACCACGGAAUAUUGGAUGAUGGACGAGAAGUUGCAGUUAAGCGACUCUACGAGAAGCAGGACAAACAAGUUGUUCAAUUCAUGAACGAGCUUGAGAUCCUAACUCGGUUAGAUCAUAAGCAUUUGGUAAAGCUUUAUGGAUGUACCAUCCGUAGCAGCCCUGAACUGGUGCUUGUAUACGAAUAUGUCCCAAAUGGCACCCUUGCAGACCAUCUGCAUGGACACAAAGCGAAACUCAGAUCACUUCCAUGGCCUAUUAGGCUAAGGAUUGCAAUAGAAACCGCUAGUGCAUUAGUCUACCUACAUUCCUCUGAUAUUAUCCACCGUGAUGUCAAAACAAAGAACAUCUUGCUUGAUAUUAACUGCUCUGUCAAAGUAGCAGAUUUUGGGCUUUCGCGUCUCUUCCCCUUGGACGUGUCCCAUGUAUCAACCACACCACAAGGAAGCCCUGGUUAUGUUGAUCCAGAGUAUCAGCAAUGUUAUCAGUUGACAAAUAAAAGUGAUGUUUACAGUUUUGGAGUAGUUUUAGCCGAAAUUAUAUCAGGAAAGCCUGCAGUUGACAGAAACAGAAAUCGCCAAGAGAUUAAUUUGUCGCAUUUAGCUAUUAACAGGAUACUGAAACGUGAUUGGAGCGGAUUCAUUGAUCCGAAGCUAAAGGUUAAGAAGAAUUGCAAGGUGAGGGAGCAGGUAAUUGCCGUGGCAGACCUCAGUUUUAAAUGCCUGCAAGCUACCAGUGAAACAAGGCCUUGUAUGGAACAAGUGCUGCAAAGUUUGAAAAACAUUCAGGGUGAAGAAAGUGUCAAAGAUGUUGUAGUAUACGACGUCUCAAACAACGCUACUGCUGUUUUUAAUGGAAGUGAUUAUCCAAUUUCUUCUUUAAAUGGUAAUGAUAAUCAAGUUUGUGAAAAUAUUGACGAGUUUAUAUAGCUCAUGAAAGUAGUCAUGCUAAUGCACAAGUCUCUGUGCUUGUAAACGUGUCUUCUGAAAUUGUUUCAUUUUUUUU